GUGUCUCAAAUUUCAUCAGACUCCUCGUGCUUUCCUUCCUCGUGGUUCGACUUCGCCUUCAUUGUCGGUUCGUCUCUGGCUCUACACAGGUUUUCUUUUCGCUCUUCUUCUUUGAGAGUUCAGUGUUCAAUUCCAUCUUCUUAUCUCCAAGAAAACUACCAAGUUCUACAAUUUGAACAUUCGGACAGAGUAUAAAGUAGCAAAAUGAAGGAUCCAGUUCCAGCUCAACAGCAAGCUGGUGAAGAUAUGGCAGAUCUGUACACAGAGGCGAUCAUUAUGAUUGAACGCGAGGCCAUCGCUCGCGCUCUGGAGGAGGAGGAUCUCGCGAGACACGGCGGUCGCCGCGAAGGAGAUGAAGAGUCUGAAGGAGAAGAAGAGUCUGAAGAAUAUGAAGAGUCCGAAGAAGAAGAAGAAUCUGAAGAAGUUGAGGAAAAUCGAGCUGGAGCUGCGCCCACCGAGGCGGCGUCGGGAGAGCCUCCCAAGAAAAAUGAGGAGAAGGAACAGGACAAGAAGAAUGUCGAGAGAUGAUGCGAUGUUAGGAGACCAGUUCCCUGUUCACCGUCAGGAAUUCUCACAAUCAUCUUAAUAUUUAACAAAAUUUGACUAUUGUCUUCACAAAUUUGAUAAUAUCUUAUAUAUUCUUAACUUUUUUUAUAUCUUUUCUGAGAAUUAAAUGCCUUGACGAAAUCAAACUU